AAAAACUCAUGACAUUUGUACUUAUCUGAGAUCAGACGUAAUUAGCUAUGACAAAAAGACAUGAUUGCUCAACCUAUCCAGACUGUGCAUCACAUACGGAGAUACAGCUAUAUGAAAACUGGGCGGUAACUAAAGAAGCAGAGAACAUUACACAUAGUACAUGUGAUAAUGAAGACGCAAAAAGAAAAAAUUCUGGGAACUCUUGUUGCCUCAGAAAGCUGGCCGCGUCAUUUCCUUCCAAUGACAAAUGUGUGGUUUCAGUCUUUAAAAACUUUUUCAGAGUUGUGAUCAUGACCAGUUUGAAACUUUGUCUGCGAACGGAGAAUGAAUUGUCAUGUUAGGAACAUGGUCUGCCUAUCUCAGAGAUCACAAGCAAAAUUCAGAAUAAUCCUCCCUAUCCUCAUCUUGAUUGCGGUUGAGUUAGUGAAUCCAACAAUGUCAUGCAAGCACGAAAACUGCAGCCAGAAUCUUCACCGCAGUCUGAAGCUCACUAGGUUAAUGAGAAAGAGGACAGCAGAGCUCUUAAAAAUAUAUAAAGUCAGUCAAGGAGAUUCUGCAGACCUGAUCUGUGAUAUGCAAAUGGACAAUGUUCCAGUAUCCACAGUCACUGGCCAGACCACAUCGGAGCGCAUCUUGAGUGUUUACACCCACCUGAAAGAGUUUCUACCACACAUGAGGACAGUGAUGGAGCAGCAGAAAGACUUGAAUCCUCCAACCAACCCUGUGGUGGAGGGGCUUAACGGGAUGAUUACACAUGUUCGCCACAUUGCUCUGAGGGUGAACUGUAUCUUGCAAAUCCUGCAGCCAAAUAUACCCGUUCCUGAGCCAGCUGAAAGGCCAACAAGAAUUCCCCCUGCACAAAAUAUUUUCCAGCAGAAAGCCUAUGGAUGUGUUGUCCUGUCUCGGCUUCAGGAGCUCCUUAGUCAAGCAGUUCAAGAACAGAAGUCUCUUAAGGGGAAACUGUGCAAAAGAACAAAAAGCGGUUGAUGAACUAAAAUGUGUUCUGUGACAUAAAACGAUAUUGACAUAAUUUAUUCAUAUUUAUUUUUUAUAACUAAAGAAAUGUCCAGAGUAUGUUUUUUUAAAUGUAUUUAUUAAUAUAAUUUAUUUUGUCUGUAUAUGUGGACAAAAAAGUAAAGUUACACAAAUUGUUUUUUUUUUUUUUUUUACUGCCAUUUAGACAUGGAUAAUCUGUUUUGUAAACUGUCAUUGUUCCUUUAUUUUCAUUUGAUUUAGUUAUGAAGCAACAACUGUAAUCAAAACUGUAUACAGUAUGACUGGAUGUGAUGCCUUUUGCCCUGCAAGAAAGAAGGCUAAAAACCACUCUAGUUACUCAGGAUUUCUUAACAACACUCUAUGAUGUUAUGUAUGUCAUCACAGGCAAUUGUUUUGAUUACAAAGAAAUUUGUAGUCAUUAACUGUGAUGUUACACGUCAGCCAUAUUGGCUUUUGUGGUCGAUGCUAACGUCUAUAGCAUGACCUGAAUAACCUAGAAAGAUGUGUAUGUACUGUCUGAGACAUAGCCUUCAGUUGAGACCAUUUUAGAAGACAGGAAGUGCAAGAGACUGAUAUCAGCCCAUAAUGACGCACUCAUUUCACCACAUCAGAAAGGGGAAAAAAACUGACUAGCCGUCUCCCCUGUCACAAGGUAUGGGUGUGUGUUUGGGUCCAUGUGAGUGAAUCUCAAGCCAUUUCCCUGUAAAUGUUGUGAUUAUGAAUGUAUGUAUAUAUUUUGAUACUUAUUUAUAUGACACCAGUAUGUACGAUGAUGUUGAUGAUGUUGAUGACUUUCCAUUCUUACCUUCAAAAUAAACGAAACAGAGAGAAACUUC